AUGGGUAAGGUCCUGGGGACCCACCGGGCACGGCCCGCGGCGUCCCGAGGACAGGGGUGGCUGUGCGGGGCCACAGCGGCCUGUGGGGCUCCUUCCCCAGCAGGGGUGGGGACUCUGAGUCACGGAUCUGUCACUGCUCUGCACCUCUCCGCAGCCCUCCGGGGGCCAAAGCAAAACCGAAAGCGAAUGCGCCUGGCGGGACGGCAAGUCCCAGAGCGGCGCUCGCGCUCCCCGGGCCUGGGCAGCGCUCGCCCGGGGCGCCCAGCGGGGCCCUGCGAAGCGGCAGCCAUGGCCCGGCAGCGGGCGCGCGGCUGCAGGACCCUGGGCCUCCCGGCGCUGCUACUGCUGCUGCUGCUGCUCCAGCCGCCGGCGACGCUGGGCAUCACAUGCCCCGCCCCCAUGUCCGUGGAACAUGCAGACAUCCAGGUCAAGAGCUACAGCUUGCACUCCAGGGAGCGGUACAUUUGUAACUCUGGUUUCAAGCGUAAAGCCGGUACAUCCAGCCUGACUGAGUGCGUGUUGAACAAGGCCACCAACAUCGCCUACUGGACAACCCCCAGUCUCAAAUGCAUCAGAGACCCCGCCCUGGCUCGCCAAAGGCCAGCACCACCCUCCACAGUAACGACGGCAGGGGUGACCCCGCAGCCAGAGAGCUUCUCCCCUUCUGGAAAAGAGCCUGCAGCUUCAUCUCCCAGGUCAGACACCACAGUGGCCACAACAGCAGCUCUUGGCCCGGGCUCCCGGCUGAUGCCUUCAAAGUCACCUUCCACGGGAACCACAAGGAUAGGCAGUCAUGAGUCCUCCCACGGCCCCUCUCAAAUGACAGCCAGGACCUGGGAACUCACAGCACAUGCUUCCCACCAGCCGCCAGAUGGGUAUCCACCGGGCAACAGCAGCACCAUAGUGGCCGUUUCCACUUCCACCAUCCUGCUGUGUGGGCUGAGUGCUGUGUCUCUCCUGGCAUGCUACAUAAAGUCAAGGCAAACUCCCCAGCCAGACAGCGUUGAAAUGGAAGCCAUGGAAGCUCUGCCAGUGACCGGAGGGACCAGCGACAGAGACAAAGACUCAGAAAACCGCACUCACCUCUGAAACUCAGGGAAAGCAGCCCGGCUCUGUCCGGAGUAUAGGAACCUCUCUGCUUUACCUAAAGAGAAAUGAGAAGAGGUGCAAGGAGGUGGGCUCUGGGAGCAAGCCCACCAGGCCCCUCAUCUUCCCAGCAGGAUCUCACAGGCUGCCGGGCGACGGCUCCUGCAUGAGGAAGCAGGUUCUCCGCACUCCAUGGGCGCCACCUGCCUGCCUGUCGUGUCUUGGAUCCAGGGGCCAGCUUCCUAGGAGAGACCAAAGGCUUCUGGCAGCGGUUUUAUCUCAUUACAAUGUGAGCUGUCGGGAAUACAGGUGGCACUGAAAUAAAGGCCCUGCCCUGAAACCUGUCCCUCAGCCUGACUUGCCGUUUACAGAGAAGUGUGAUAUACUCAAGGCUCUCUGUCAAUUACAAGGCUCCUGCUGGCCUGGGAGAUGUUGCCAGGGAAGACACCUGCAUUGGGCUCCUAACCACCCUGUCUCCAGCUGCUCUGCACACACUGACAGGGAGCGGGAAAGGUGGGAGAGAUGCUGAGUGAAUCCUCUCCGUCGAAGAAUUCAAGAAGAAAAUUCAACUCAGCACCACUUUACAUAUAUAUGCUUUUAUAUUUAUACUUGUCUACUAUAUCUACACAUUAUAUGUGAUUUCCAUUUUGACAUUAUACCUUGUAUAAACAAAAUAAAACAUCUAUUUUCGAUAUUUUU